UGUUGUUCCACCACGGCGUACGUGAACGCGGACGAAAUCCGGAACUCCAAGCAAUUCAAAAUCUCAUUUCUAUCGCAACGUUUAGUGGCUCCCAACGUAAAAGUCAACGGUUUCAAAGUCCUUCGUCAAACGCAUUCGCACAGUGUACUCGAAUGCUCGCCAGUCGAAAGUGUCGUAAAGUAUGCGAUUAUCCUGUAAACAAAGUGUAAAACGCGCCCAACAAGAACCACGGCUCCAAUAGACGCCGAAAAGCAAGCCAAACAACAAACAACUCCCGGAUUUUACGACUUGAGCAAUCAAUUCCGCUGGUCACUCGGGGAUUUUGAGGACCCAGGACUCCGGGACUCUUUGACUCUUGGACUUCCCCCAGUAGAGAACUAUUGAAUCGGAUCUGGGCACGUCGUAUAAUGAUUGCGCAAGUGAGAUGACGCCACUGCCGGUGAGAAGGAUACGUUAGGGCGGCGUCGAACUAUGGGAACAGAGGCAUGGGCGUGUGCGCAGACCUUGGGUCACAUCGAUGGUGUCGGGCAUUGAGCACCCAGAACAACACCCAGAAAUCGACGGAUCAGCAGCAAUCCCAAUCCCUGGAGAGCCCUUCCAGGAGUCCAGGAGCCAUUGGCACGACACCGACAACGACGAUUCCCGCUACUAAAACGCUGACGGCAUCGCCGGCGAAAACGGCAGCUUUCACAGUGAAAACGACGAGGAGAAGACGCCGACGAAGGGCAGGCAGCUCCAUCUGCGUUCCCGUCUGCGGCCAAGGGUCAACGAUACAGGUGCUCCAGUUAGUUCUGGUCUCGUUGCUGGCCCUUCUAGCGAAAAAUGCCCAGGCGCACAACAUUCCAGAAGACGCCGUGCACAUCACGGCCAUACUCGGAGAGGGCGUCAUCUUCAACUGCCAUGUGGAGUUCCCCAACGACCAUCCCGUGCCAUAUGUCCUGCAGUGGGACAAGAAGGUGAGCGAAACGGGCUCCGAUCUGCCCAUCUACAUCUGGUAUGAGAGCUACCCGGAGCACAUCGAGGAGGGCUACAAGGGACGCGUGUCCCGCGUGUCGCAGGACUCGCCCUUCGGCUCAGCCUCGCUCAACCUGACCAACAUCCGGGAAUCGGACCAAGGAUGGUACGAGUGCAAGGUCGUCUUCCUCAAUCGGGACCCCAAGCAGCAUAAGAACGGUACAUGGUUCCACUUAGACGUACAUGCACCGCCGCGCUUUAGUGUUACGCCAGAGGAUAUUAUAUACGUUAAUUUAGGUGAUUCAAUUAUACUCAAUUGCCAGGCAGAUGGCACGCCCACGCCGGAAAUACUCUGGUACAAGGAUGCCAAUCCCGUCGAUCCCUCGCCCACGGUGGGCAUCUUCAACGACGGCACCGAGCUGCGGAUCUCCACCAUUCGGCACGAGGACAUCGGAGAGUACACUUGCAUUGCACGCAAUGGUGAGGGACAAGUCUCCCAUACGGCCCGUGUUAUUAUCGCGGGCGGCGCUGUAAUCAUGGAUAAGGCGGCGCCCGACAAACACACACGGACCAAGUCCAAGUCGAAUGCCGUCAAUGAGAGGCUGACCAUACGUGUGCCUCCGACCAACCAAACGAAGCUCGAGGGCGAAAAAGUGAUAUUCUCCUGCGAGGCUAAGGCCAUGCCCGGCAACGUCACGGUGCGCUGGUACCGCGAGGGAUCCCCCGUCCGGGAAGUGGCCGCCCUGGAGACGCGGGUCACCAUCCGCAAAGACGGCUCGCUCAUCAUCAACCCCAUCAAGCCGGACGACUCGGGCCAGUAUCUCUGCGAGGUGACCAAUGGCAUCGGUGAUCCCCAGAGCGCCUCCGCCUACCUCAGCGUCGAAUAUCCCGCCAAGGUCACCUUCACGCCCACGGUGCAAUAUCUACCGUUCCGGCUCGCCGGCGUGGUCCAGUGCUACAUCAAGUCGAGCCCCCAGCUGCAGUACGUGACCUGGACAAAGGACAAGCGGCUGCUGGAGCCCUACCAGAUGAAAGACAUCGUGGUGAUGGCCAAUGGGUCGCUCCUGUUCACACGCGUAAAUGAGGAGCACCAGGGCCAGUACUCCUGUACGCCGUACAAUGCACAGGGAACGGCUGGAGCCUCCGGAAUCAUGGAUGUGCUUGUCCGGAAGCCACCCGCCUUCACGGUCGAGCCGGAGACGCUUUACCAGCGCAAGGUGGGUGACAGCGUGGAGAUGCACUGCGACGCUUUGGAGGCGGAGGGCACCGAGCGACCCACCAUCAAGUGGCAAAGGCAGGAGGGAGAACAGUUGGCCGAAUCGCAACGCAAUCGCAUCAAGAUCUCGGGCGGAAAUAUCACCAUAGAGAACCUGAGAAGGGAGGACUUCGGUUACUAUCAGUGUGUGGUCUCCAACGAAGUGGCCACCCUGAUGGCCGUCACCCAGCUGGUGAUCGAGGGUACCCAGCCGCACGCUCCCUACAACAUUACGGGCAAGGCCACCGAGUCCUCUAUCACGCUGCAAUGGCUGCCGGGAUACAGCGGGGGAUCGGAGUACAAGCAGGACUACACGAUCUGGUUCCGGGAGGCGGGCGUCAACGACUGGCAAACUAUCUCCGUAACGCCCUCGGGCAGCACACAGGUGACCAUUAAUGGCCUGGCCUCCGGAACCACCUACGAGUUCCAGGUGGUGGGCCGGAACGUCCUCGGCGACGGGAUGAUGAGCAAAGUGAUGACCGUUCGCACGCUGGAAGACGCUCCGGCAGCGCCACGUAAUGUCAAGGCUGCAACACAACCGCCCGACUCAUUCUUUCAGCUAAUGCCAGACGAAGCUGGUCCCAAGCCUGGACCACCCCGGAAUGUGUCCGUGACGGAGGUGUCGAACGGAUUCCUCAUCACGUGGCAGUCGCCGCUGGAACGGGCGCACAUCGUCAAGUUCUACACCAUCAAGUACCGGACGGACGCACAGUGGAAGACCCUCAACCGGGGGCAAAUCCGGCCGGAGGAGACGCAGUAUCUGGUGAAGAACCUGGUGGGAGGAAGGACCUACUACUUCCGGGUGCUGGCCAACUCGGAGAAGUCGUACGAGUCCAGCGACGAGGUGAAGUUCCCUGUGCCGGCACGUGUCAAGCACAAGGCGAUUACCGCCGGCGUCGUUGGGGGCAUCCUGUUUUUUAUUGUUGCGAUCAUUUUAUCGGUUUGUGCCGUAAAAAUUUGCAAUAAACGUAAACGACGAAAACAGGAAAAAGAGUUCAACUUGGUAGCUUGCAGGAUAACGGACGCUCGUAACAUUGCCGCCAAUAAUCAUCAUUUGCACAAUCGCAGUACGGGCUCAAUUUCCUCUGGUCAAGUGCCUUUAAAAAAGUACAAACAAACCCGAAUAUCAAGUCUAACCGCCAUUCUCAUUGCCAUACUCCACUGGAUCUGGCCACCUGAUCGCUGCACCAACUGCCACUCCAUCUACAGUUCACCAAAUCUCGAGGAUGGCGAUGAGGACGGCGCAGGAAAAAGGCGUUCCGUAAGCCGCAUCCAACGAAGCCUCGACGGACGCUUUGUUUUGGAUGUGGAGGGGGUCUCGAAACUGGGUUACUCGCAACAGACCCUGGAAUCGGCCAAUGUGGAUGUGGUGGAUGGUGGGCUCUUCGAGCGGAGGAACAGCAACGUUUCCCAGAAAUCCUCUAGCGAUGAUGGAGGAUUUCUGUCGCGUCGAAACUUCAUCACAGCUCGAGCUUCGUGGCGACGUCCCUUGGUGGCUUCCUCCAGUCAGUUGAGUCUUCAGUCGGCGGCCGAUUCGGCGAGGGGUUUUCUUCAGGGUUUGCUAAAGAUCGGAGGAAAGCAGUCCGCAGUUCCCAACCCGCAAACCUAUUUCGAUGAAGCAGUGAGUGGAGCCCGCUACCAGAAUGUCCUGCGUCCCUACACCAGCAGCAAUAACUUGUACGGCAACGCGGAUAGAAGCCGACCCCUGCACAUAAAUACGAUCAGUGGCAGUCUCAGUCAGCAACAGCAGCUUUACACUCCCUCGAGGAUCUCCAGGAUAUUCUCCAGUUCCCCUCAGCAGUUGCAGCCACACCACCAGCAACUUCUCCUAUCCAGCGGCGGAAGCGGAGCCUAUCCCACGCACUUCAGCGACCUGAGCACUGUGUAUCCUCCGAACUCCGCUGAGAGAUCAUCACACAACCUGAGUAGUAGGUACAGGUACUACUCCCAGGAGCUGCCUUCCCUGAGAACCAUCCAAGAGGAGAGUCGCCGGCAGCAGCAGCAGCAAAAGCAACAUCCCCUGGAAGAUCACUUUGUUCCCCUCCAGCUGCCAUCGCCUCCUUCGUGGAGAAGCUACUACCAAUCGCAGGCCAGCUAUCGCCCACGAACUCGCUGGUAUCCACGUCAUCAUUCGAGGCUCUUCAGCAAUCGGCAGCAGCAGCACGAGAUGCUCUCCCCUUUGCCCCAACUGAACCUCAACCUGCGCAACUCCAUGAACCCAGGUGGCUUGGAGGCCUCUCCGGAAUCCCGAUCCAGUUCGAGUGGAUUCGGUUCGAAGAACACCUCCAAUCAUCCGGGGAGCACCAGCGAAUGGAGACUCCUGCCGCCCUACAGAGCACCACCAUCGCCUCCGAAGCAUUCAGGGUACUUUGGAGGACAACAGGCCCAGGGACAGACGCCACAUGGCUCCUACUCGUACCCCAGAGCCACAACGCCGCCAUAUACCAUGGCCCAUUGGCUGGAGAUGAUCUCAAGACUGAACGCGGCGACGGAUAGUAAUCUACCGAAGUCCUGUCCCGUGGACGUGGGCAGCGUGGACGGGCACUACGAAUUCGACCCGGCCACGCCAACACCCAGUGCAUCCAGCAUGCUGCGCGAAGAUCUCAACCUGCACAUAGACACGCAUCCCUAUCAUCAUCACACGCUGGGUCCCUUGAGUGGGAGUCUGCUGCACAGCCACGCCCCCUACGGCGCAGGGAGCAGGAAGCCACGAUCUCUUCCGCUUCAUCUGCCGCGCUACGACAACGUCGAGGUCAGGCUUCAAGCCAUGAGGGAGGAGUUCUACGCCUACCGCAAACGCCAAGCGAUGCAGCAAAUGGAGAGCGUUUGCUGAGCCAGCGAACCAUUUAAUUGAGCCACACCCACAACCCACAGCCCACUGCCCAGCCACACACCACACACUCACGCCCAGAAAGAGCCAGAUUCAUAGAGAGACACCAUCGUAGAUAUAUGUGCCGACUAAGUUGGACAGCAGCGAUUCCGAGGCAAUCAGACGCGAUAUGAUACUGGAUCAGGCCCCUAAUUCAGAGAUGAACUUUAAAAGUUUGGCCCCCUGCAAACUCACACCCAGAAAAAGAUAAAAAAUCACUUAGAAGCCAGAAACAAUUAGUAGAUUUAACAGAGAAGAAGGAAGCUGUGUAAAUAUAUCGGACGAAGUUUAAGAUAAUAUUUAACAACUAUAGCAAUUAUAGCGACAUAUUAUUACAGAAAUCGAUAAACGUAAAAUUGACAUUUAAAGCAAGUGAAUGGAGCAAACGUUGUUUGGCGCCAUGUGCAGAGAACAAAGAACAAAGAACAAAUUACAAUUACAAUUAACUAUUAUUUACGAGUACGAGUACGAGUGUUUAGAUAUUGAUACUUAACGUAACACAGAUCGAGAUAUGUUAAACAUUGAGCAUUAAACAUUAAUUAACAAUCCA